AUGACCUUCUUGCCCUUGGCCCUGGUCAAUCUCGCGACCUGCCACGUCGACAGUCCCGUCCAUCCUUCCAUUCCCUUCGACGUCGAUGUCGACCACCUUGGUCAGGACCCGAUCCCGCUGGCGACCCGCGAAUACUGGAUGCGCAGAGCUAUCGGCGCGCUCGAUGAGGUCGUCGGAUCGCCGUGUCCGUUCGCGGCGUUUGGAGCGGUCAUUGUGAAUCAUACUGCUGCUGCUGCCGCCGCCGCCGCCGUCUCGGGGGAUUAUGUGGGGGAGGAGGUUUGUAUUGGGGCGAACAGCGUGCAGGGACUCGGGAAUCCGACUCUUCACGGUGAAAUCGCGGCGAUCAAUAACUGCACCAGCAUCCUAACAGAUCCGGCGGGCAAGUAUAAAAUGUCUGGUGCUGAAGCCUUGAGAGCGCUUUCAGAUUUGAGCUUGUACACAACAGCCGAGCCUUGUCCAAUGUGCUCCUCGGCCAUCCUUUACGGCGCGUUCAGGGAGUACAUCUACUCCACGCCUAUCCACGGCGAGCACAGCUUGAUCGCGCAUGGAUGGCCGCAGAUCGACUUGCCCUCGAAAGAGAUCUUCGCCAGGUCCGUUGGUCGGAGUGUCCGCACGAGGAUCGUGCCGGAGGUGUUGGUGAAUGAGACGGAGGGACUGUUUGCCUGGCAGUUUGACGGUGGCGAUUGUCCCGCCGGUUGUGCUAAAGAGGGCGAGAAGGCUUGGUGUGUGAAGCAGGCCGAAGAGGAGCAAGGAGUGAAGGUUGGUGGGAAAAAAGAGAGCGUGAGGAAUGAGCUGUGAGUUUUGAGCUGAGCUUGAGGCGUUUCUGUGUGGGUGGCGGCGUCGAAGAAAAUAACUACAGUAGGUUCGGAUCGAGGCAGUGGCCGUGCAUGCGUGCCUUGCGAAUAUCGAAGACCACUCUGAACGAAUGGACCAGGGCUACUCCGUAUAGAAACGGUGCUUCUGAUUAUGGAAUCGAGAUGGGGCGAGCUGUGAGAAUUUGUUUGUGGAUCGAGAGGACGGC